GCUGCAGCCGGGAGACGCCGGUUUAAUGGCGGCCAUGUUGGAUCGGAAGUAAAGUGAAAACGAGAGAGGGGUCAAAAAUAAUACAGAAAACUCUCCAGUCAGGAACGGAAACUGGUGGCCGCUGUUCGGCAGAGGAACGUUACCCGCUGAUCCGGAGGACAAAAGAAACCCACCACUUUUAUAGGAGAAGAGGGGAAGUUUGACUUGUAUUUUUUAAUUGCCCCCCCGAUACAAUAUAUAAAAAAGGACAAUGGCGGAUCCGGCAGAGUGCAGUAUAAAAGUGAUGUGCCGUUUCAGGCCGCUAAAUGACUCCGAGAUCCAACGCGGGGACAAAUAUAUCUGCAAAUUUCAAGGGGGGGAAACCGUGGCGGUUGGGGGCAAGUCUUAUGUGUAUGACUAUGUCUUCCCCUCGAAUGCAACACAAGAACAAGUGUACAAUGCCUGUGCAAAAAAUAUCGUCAAAGAUGUACUUGAUGGAUAUAAUGGCACAAUAUUUGCAUAUGGCCAGACAUCAUCUGGUAAAACUCACACUAUGGAGGGUUCACUCCAUGAUCCCGAUUGUAUGGGAAUAAUCCCCAGGAUAGCCCAAGAUAUUUUUAAUUACAUUUACUCCAUGGAUGAAAAUUUGGAAUUCCACAUCAAGGUUUCAUAUUUUGAAAUUUACUUGGACAAGAUUAGAGACCUUUUAGAUGUGUCCAAGACCAAUCUUUCAGUCCAUGAAGAUAAAAAUAGAGUCCCUUAUGUGAAGGGCUGCACUGAACGUUUUGUUUGCAGUCCUGAAGAAGUCAUGGAUACAAUUGAUGAAGGAAAGUCUAACCGGCAUGUAGCAGUUACAAAUAUGAAUGAACACAGUUCACGUAGCCACAGUAUCUUCCUCAUUAAUGUCAAACAAGAAAACACUGCAACAGAGCAGAAACUAAGUGGCAAACUUUAUCUGGUUGACUUGGCAGGUAGUGAAAAGGUCAGUAAAACUGGAGCAGAAGGGGCUGUACUGGAUGAAGCUAAGAAUAUCAACAGGUCUUUAUCAGCACUGGGGAAUGUAAUUGCUUCUCUGGCAGAAUCGAGUACGUAUGUACCAUACCGUGACAGCAAAAUGACCAGAAUUUUACAGGAUUCACUGGGUGGCAACUGCAGAACUACAAUAGUUAUUUGCUGCUCUCCAUCAUCUUACAAUGAAGCUGAAACCAAAAGUACAUUGAUGUUUGGUCAGAGAGCCAAGACUAUUAAGAAUACUGUAACCGUUAAUGUUGAGUUAACAGCAGAACAAUGGAAGAAGAAAUAUGAGAAAGAGAAAGAGAAAAACAAAACUUUAAGAAAUACUAUACAGUGGCUUGAAAAUGAACUCAAUAGAUGGCGUAAAGGUGAGUCUGUGCCUGUAGAAGAACAAUAUGACAAAGAGAAACACAAGGAGGCACUUGAGAUUGUUCUCACUAAUGACAAAAUAGAGGAAACUCCUACUGUUAAACUCUCAGAUGCUGAGAAGCAAAAAAUGGAUUCAGAAAUUUCAAAACUGUAUAAGCAGCUGGAUGAUAAGGAUGAGGAGAUCAAUCAACAGAGUCAGCUGGUGGAAAAACUUAAGCAGCAGAUGUUGGACCAGGAAGAACUUCUGGCAUCCACCAGACGAGACCAAGACAACAUGCAGUCAGAACUCAAUCGCCUACAGGCUGAGAAUGAUGCCUCCAAAGAAGAAGUGAAGGAGGUGCUGCAAGCAUUGGAAGAACUUGCGGUCAAUUAUGACCAGAAGUCACAGGAAGUUGAGGACAAGACAAGGGAAUUUGAGCUACUAAGUGAUGAGCUGGGCCAAAAAUCAGCUACAUUAACAUCCAUUGAUGCAGAGCUGCAAAAACUGAAGGAAAUGACCAAUCAUCAGAAGAAACGAGUUACUGAAAUGAUGACAUCAUUGUUAAAAGAUCUUGCAGAAAUUGGAAUCGCAGUUGGCAACAAUGAUGUUAAGCCUGAGGGAAGUGGCCUCCUAGAUGAGGAAUUUACUGUGGCACGGCUAUACAUUAGCAAAAUGAAAUCUGAAGUGAAAACCAUGGUAAAACGCUGCAAGCAGUUGGAAAGCACACAAGUCGAGAAUAACCAGAAGUUAGAAGAGAAUGAAAAGGAACUGGCAGCUUGUCAUCUUCGCAUUUCUCAGCAUGAAGCAAAGAUCAAGUCACUUACAGAAUAUCUACAAAAUGUGGAACACAAAAAGAGACAUCUGGAAGAAUCUGUUGAUUCACUGAAUGAAGACUUGGUCAAGCUUCAGGCACAAGAAAAAGUACAUGAAAUGGAAAAGGAACACUUGAACAAAGUGCAGACUGCCAAUGAAGUGAAGAAAGCUGUCGAGCAACAAAUGCAGAGCCACCGGGAGGCCCAUCAGAAACAAAUCAGCAGUUUGAGGGAUGAAAUAGAAAAGCAGGAAAAGCUCAUUACAGACCUUCAAGACCAAAAUCAGAAGAUGAUGUUGGAGCAGGAGCGUCUACAUGUAGAACAUGAAAAGCUAAAGACUGUUGAUCAGGAAAAAAGCCGCAAAUUACAUGAACUGACGAUUAUGCAGGAUCGACGAGAACAAGCAAGGCAGGACCUCAAAGGACUGGAGGAGACUGUGGCAAAAGAACUCCAGACACUCCAUAAUCUUCGGAAGCUGUUUGUUCAAGACUUGGCAACCAGAGUUAAAAAGAGUGCUGAAAUGGAUUCUGAUGACACCGGUGGUAGUGCUGCACAGAAGCAAAAGAUCUCCUUUCUCGAAAACAACCUUGAACAGCUCACAAAGGUUCAUAAGCAGCUGGUGCGGGAUAAUGCAGAUCUUCGUUGUGAGCUUCCAAAACUGGAGAAACGACUCCGAGCCACAGCUGAGAGAGUCAAGGCUUUGGAAUCUGCAUUAAAGGAAGCCAAAGAAAAUGCUGCCAGAGAUCGCAAGCGCUACCAGCAGGAAGUGGACCGCAUCAAAGAAGCUGUACGAGCAAAGAACAUGGCAAAGAGAAUGCACUCUGCUCAGAUUGCUAAACCAAUCCGCCCUGGGCAACCCCCUAUGGCUUCCCCAACUCACCCAAGUGCAAUUCGUGGGGGAGGUGGAUUCUUCCAGAACAGCCAAGCAGUUGCAGUACGUGGAGGUGGAGGCGGUGUAAAAUCAGAUAAGUUUGUUGGUGGAGGGAUGGCUAAUAAUGCAGAAAUUGGGGACAUUGGCUUCAUGCCUUCAUCUGUUAAAGGUGACCUGAGAGAUAUAAAUGACAAUAGCUGCUAAAGCAACAACAUAAUCAAAGAGAAGCAGAUAUCAUCCAAACAACUCAUCAUUCCAAAGCAGUGAACUCUCCAACUAGACUUUUCACAAGAUUAUUUUUGAAAAAUAUAAAAAAAAACCUGGCCUGUACAGCUCCACCCUUGGCAGAACCUCCUUACUGAUCUUCUUGCAAAACAAGAGUGCAAUGUAGGCGCCUUGCAAAUAACUACAUUUAAUUUAAUGUGUGGCUUCAUUGCACAGUACAUUGUCAUUCAUGUCUUAAAUUUAGUCUGCACUGUGCCAAGUUGAAUGUACGUUGUUGCAGGAAAUCUUUAGCAGAAGCAUUGAAGCCUAAUUUGUGUACAUUUCAUUGUUUGUUUUAGGACUUGUGAAACAAUGUCGCCAAGUAGAUUUGAUAAGCUUGUUUUACAGUGAAAAAUUGAUUUGGAGGAACGCAACUAUCACCCUUGUGUAAAUUAAAAUAGUACUUGAAGUUUUUUUUUCCUUGAAAUGGAUUUUUGAGAUGAAGAGGAGUAGAACAAUUUGUAUACUGAAGGUACAUUCAUGACAGUAUAUGGUUAGAACAGAGUUAGGAUAGUACAGAAUAAUAAGCUGCUAACAGUAAAAUACAGGAAUGUCUAAUGAGACUGUCUAACAAAUAUAUUGUGGCAUUGUCUAAGGUUAUGGGAGAACGCUACAACACAUUAGCUGAGCAUAAAUAUGAGGGUAAAUUAAAAGGCAUUAUGUUUUGAUAUGGAGCACACAAUGUAUUCUGUCCAGAUUCUUGCCAUUGCUUUUUGUGAUAAACUGAAGAUCAGUAUUUCACCCUUGGGCUCAUUAUACAGCAAGAGAGCAUUAUUUAAAAGUAUUUGAGUUAAAACAUUGCACUUUUACUGUUUCUAUAAUAGAUUUCAGGUGAAGUGCAAAUACUCAAUAUUUUAAAAAUAUUAAAUUGAUUAAUCCGUUAAUAUCUGGCCAUUGCUUGAACAUUUUGGCCUAAUUUCUAAUAUGUUUUUAAUACAUAGAACAUACUAUUAAUCACCCUAUUCAGUGAUAACUCCAAUGCAAAAUGACGCAGUAAAAAUAAACACAAAUCAAAAGUAAGUGAGAUUUGUGAAGUACAGUCUUACUAUAAUUGGCCUUUGCUAGGAAAACAAAACUGAUGUUGAGUCUAACAUUUUAAAACCAAAAUAAAAUCCCUAGGUGGUGUAAAACUGGUUCAAUCCUGGUACUCGUUCAGAAACCCUAUUCAUAGCAUAAAAGGUUAUUAACAUGAAUGGAGAAAGAUGAGAACAGACUAAAUGAUGGAUAAGGUCACAUAGCUGGCUAAGAUUCUUUCGUGGGAUAAAAUGAGUAAGCAAUAUGUAAUGAUGAACAAAGCUUCAAUGAAGUGUCUCCACGGAGCUAACAGUCUAAAUUUAGACCUGACAUAAACAUUAUUGAGGCAUUUUUUAAGUGGUGCAUCCCUUAAAAUAACUUAUCUUUACAUACAACUUACAGUUUCAAAAAAAGACAUGUCUGCUUGUCGAUUCAGUUAAUUACUUGUGGAAUAUUAUUACAUGUGACUAUAGGCAGCAAGGUGUUCUGUUCAGUAUAUCAUUAACUUGAUGGAUCAAGCCUUUUGACAAGGUAUUGGCUAAGAGUAUUGAAUAUUUGAGUAGGUGAAUUCAUUCAUUCAUGUGCUAAAGAAAACACCCUUUACAAGUAAGUAACUAAAUUGGCAGGUGGUAUAAAUAUUUGUGGUCUGAAUAAGUGACUAAUUGAUGUACCUUAUUAAACAGGUGAUUAUUUUUAGCAUUGUGUACUGUAUCCUUUUGGCCUCCCAAUUUUCUAGGUCUAUGUUUUACUCCUCACUGACUGGAGGCUGACCAACAAAUUAGCCAAUAAAGUAAAUCUGAGUUAAACAUAGUGCCGAACGUACUUUAAACCACUUUUGAAGGUCAGUUUGAAUCCAAAGCCUUUUAGUCGAUAAUACUUGGAUUUGUUGCUCUUGAUACUGAUCGACCAGUUAGUCUAUCAAGACAUCUGAUCACAAGGCUCCCUAGAUGAUGCAAAAAAGGCCAUACUCCAUGUGUUUCUGAAAAAUAGAAUAUUUGGUCCAUGUGACUUAUUUAAGAUGAAAUGUAAUUGUUUUUGUACAUUUUGUUGUCUUGACAAUAUAACAUACCUUCUAAUUUUGCAUAUUUACUUGUUAGAUAUUCUUUACAGAUAUUGGGUCUUGUAUGUGCCUAACACACACCACUGGCCAUUGGGUGCAGUCACUGCACUGUAAACAUAACUAGUUUAAGGACCCGUUUUUUGUAUUUCAGUUUUUUUUGUGGAAUUUCCAAUAUGUGAUGUUAAUCAAAGUUGCCAUGGCAAAUCGUCUGGACAGGACUACACACAAGGUGUUGAAUACAAAUUUAUUGUCAUUUGUUGAGUAGUGAAUGCCUUGUUAUCCUGAUUGCAUUGCAGUGUACUCUUCAAGUGCUUAUUGUGAGCUUGUUCCUCAGAUCUUGUAGAAAUGAAUGGUUUUAAAGCAUAAAUGCAAUUGAAUAAAAAUCUAGUAUUUAUUCAUGGUGAUCAACUAAAUUAUUUGCAUAAUUUAAACAAUGCUAAGGAAAUUACUGUAAUAGUUCUAAAUUUGACAUGAGAUGACACUAAGGUUUCCGCCUGUGGAACAUGGUGCAGAGUAAGUCGGACAGGAGAAGGCACAUAAUUUUGUUUUUUGUUAAGCCAUCAUUUAGUUUUGACUGACUGCAUGCUGUAAAUGUAUUUGUGUUUAAAUAAACAACUUUUGUCUGGGAA